AUGCCCGUAACAACCGCAUUCCAUCCCAAAACAGACGGACAAACGGAAAGAAUCAAUGCCGUGAUGGAACAGUACCUCCGAAGCUAUGUUUCCUACCAACAAGAUGAUUGGACUCGAAUGUUACCAAUGGCUGAAUUUGUGACAAACAAUCAUGCCUCCGAAACAACAAAGGUCUCCCCGUUUUAUUCCAAUUCGGGAAGAAAUCCAAGGAUGGCUUUUGGCCCUUUUGAACAUGGCCGAACGACGGUAGAGGAUCAAGCGAACCAUAUUGCAAAAGAGAUGAAGGAUAUAAAAUUCGACUGGAAACGUAUUGGACCUUAUAGCAUCAAGCGAAUUAUCAAUCCCUAUGCUUAUGAGUUGGAGCUUCCCCGGUCAAUGAAAAUUCAUCCAGUAUUUCAUGUUUCGUUGUUGUCACCCAAAGCAAAUGAUCCUUUACCAGGACAACAACAAUUGCUACCACCUCCGGUUGAAAUCGAAGGGGAGGAAGAAUGGGAAGUUGAAGAUAUUUUAGAUUCGAGGAAACGAAGAGGAAGGUGUGAGGGAUGCGUAGAAGUCUCCAAGGUCUCUUCAGUCAACGUCGAGUAUGAAUCUCCUUGA